AUGCUGAGUGGCAACGAUGUCGGGGACACCUCCCCAGUGUCCAAAGCGGCCUUUCGCCAACAAAACAAGUGGCUGCUCGAGCUCGUGGAGAACGCAACUUUGGCCGCCAACGCCACGAUCAUCGACUACUCGGACAACUACUGCUGGAACGACUCGUGUGGCGUCAUUGACGACCUCGGCCGCCCAGUCAUGAAGGACAACGACCACAUGACCCGCACGUUCACGCACAAGUACCUUGGCUCUGGAUCAGCCGAGCUCCAUCACUUUUACUCAUAA